CGGCCGUCGACGGUUGAGGCUCAGAGCGCGAGCGCUGCUGGUUCGCUCGCUCGCUCACUGGUUGCACGGCGGCGGCGGCAGCGGCAGCGGCAGCAGCAGCAGCUUCGCGGGCAUCGUGUGUCAGGCAGGCAGGCGCCCGUCCGUUGACACUCAUCCAUUGCCGCCCCCCCCACCACCACUCCUCUCUCUCUCUCCCCCGGCUGGCAUCCCCCACCCCUCAAGCCGAGCCGCUCAGCUCACCACAAUGUAGGAUGGCAGAACAGCCAAGCAUUCCUUUCAGGACCACCGGUUCCACGCUCUUGCACCCGCUCAGUGUCCUCCUCAAGGUGCCGCUCGACCAGGUUAAUUUUACAGUCUGUCAGUUGUUUGCCCUGUUCGCUGCCUUCUGGUUCCGUCUUUACCUCAGUCCCAGUAGAGCGGGGACUGUUGUACGUCAUGUGGUCGUUACAAUGAUUGGUAUAUAUUUUGCUAUCUUCUGCUUUGGAUGGUAUUCUUUACAUAUUUUUAUAGAAGUUUCUUUAUGCUACUUCAUUAUGACAAAAGCAAGCAUCUCAAAUAUACACAGGUAUUCAUUUGUAGCAGCAAUGGGCUAUCUCACAGUGUGCCAAAUUAGCAGAGUGUAUAUCUUCAAUUAUGGGCUGCUCUGCACAGAUUUCUCCGGUCCUUUGAUGAUAGUCACGCAGAAAGUCACCAGCCUUGCCUUUCAAAUACAUGAUGGGAUGGGUCGUAAAGAUGAAGAACUGACAACUGAACAGCGCAGUCUUGCUGUCAGUGCAAGGCCUACUUUACUGGAAUAUUGCAGCUAUCACCUGAAUUUUCUAGGUAUCUUGGCUGGACCAACCUGCAAUUUCAGGGACUAUAUUGCUUUUAUUGAAGGAAAUCAUAUAAACAUGAAACUAAUAGAAGAACAUUGGAAGCGAAGAGGCUACACUAAGUUUCCUGAUCCUUCACCGCUGAGAGCUGUUGCAAACAAAAUGAUUAUCACCUUCAUCUGUACAGUUUGGUUCAUGGGAAUCACAAAGAAUUUACCUAUUUCCUAUAUCGUGGAUGAUAAGUUUAUAAGUGAAUCCUCAUUCUUCUGGAGACUCUGUUACCUCUUCAUCUCAGUACAUGCGUCUAGACCCAAAUAUUAUUUUGCGUGGACUUUAGCUGAUGCAGUCAAUAAUGCAGGUGGCCUUGGGUUCAAUGGCCUUGAUAAAAAUGGCAAUUUGCGAUGGGACUUAAUCUCAAACCUGAACAUCUGGAAUAUUGAGACGGCUACAAGUUUUAAAAUGUGUCUAGACAGUUGGAAUAUUCAAACUGGAGCUUGGCUAAAGAGUGUCUGUUACAAUCGGGCUCCCUACUUCCCCACUGCUCUAACGUUCAUACUUUCAGCAUUGUGGCAUGGAGUGUACCCUGGCUAUUACUUCACUUUUUUUACUGCAAUCCCUAUCACACUGGCUGCAAGAGCGAUGAGGACCAACUUCAGACAUUACUUCCUUUCUUCUAAAACAAAGAAAGUUGUCUAUGAUAUUCUCACUUGGACUUCGACUCAGCUGGCUCUAUGCUAUAUUGUAACACCUUUCCUUCUACUGGCUACGGAGCCUACUAUCAAAUUCUACAGGUCAAUGUAUUUCCAUUUUCACAUUCUGUGCGCACUUGUGCUACCAGUUCUGACCAUCAGGAAACUGAAGAUUGUUGAAAAGAUGGCAAAAAUCGACCUGACUUCUUUGAGUGCCAACUCCUCCCACUCAGCCUCCUAUCACCUGCAGUCCAAGAAGGAGCAGUAGAAAUGAAGUAUGCUGGACAUGUGAAAUGCCAGUGAGAAACUGUUGAGUGAGGAAAGCAAACCAAAAAAAAAUCCAGCGGUUUGCAUCUGAAUGAUCUUAACCACAAAAAUGCCCUGGUGAUGAUUGAAGGAAUUGAGUUGAUUAAUGAAGAAUGUGUAUGUGCAUAUGUGUGGUUUUAGAGUAAUCUCUGCUUUGUGCAGCCACUUAUUACCAACCCUGCCCUAGCCACACCAUUGAACCAGGAUCAUUGGGGUGACUAUGGAAUCCAGGGAUUGCUGAUAUUUGCCAAAACUUGUUGUGUUUUUGUUUGCUCAAAAUGAUAUGUUUGUCCCAUUAAUUUUUGGACACUAUUUUUACACAAUGGAUGAAGUAUAUUUAUAUAAAGACCUGUGCAAGUGAUAUAAUUGUUCCUGGACCAUACUGUUGCUCUGAAACCUAUCCUUUUAUUCAAUACUGAUCUUCCUUUUUAUACGAUUGACCCAGCCAUGAAGCCAUUUAUACUAUUGGCCUUCUUACACUAGCAAACAAUAAAACCUUUGGUCAUAAGUUCAAA